AUAUUGAUUUCCAGUGUUGAGAGAGAGAGUGUGUCCAGAGGCAAGAGUUAGCCGUAUUCAGUGUGUGGUGAGAAUUGGCUGGAUUCCUUGGAAAAGUGAAGGCAAGAAGAAGAAAAAAAAUUGUGAUCUGGUGGAAAAGGGCGUUUUGUGUGACGCAAAAUCAUCCAGAGGGAUUUUCCGUGUUCACAUCAGGCACCAACAUUCAUCCCAAAACAUCAAUGCUACGACCAAAUUGACUUUUUUUCUAUCAUUUUCCGGGGUGUGUUCUCCCAAGACUCUUCUCACACACAUCAAAUGAUAUUCGUGCCUGAGGAGCAAGGAAAAAUUUUUCAUCGUCUCUUCCGGCUGGGGAGUUUUUCCACCAACGACAACCAACAUAUGAAAGGUGAUUUUGUGGUGUUAUCUGUGAAUUUAUCGCACAUUGGUGACUGUGGAGGCUGCACGGGGCCCACUAAAGCCCAGAUUUAUUGAAACAUUAUGGAGAAAGUGGCUGGAAAAGUGCUCAACAUGUCUGGUCAAACAGCAGAUUCCAAUGACUACAAGGAGCGCCUCAUAGCGUCCGUGAAGAGAGAAGUGAAGCAGGUGAUGGAAGAAGCUGUAACCAGGAAGUUCAUCCAUGAAGAAUCCGGAUCAGUCACUUCCCUAUGUGCUUCCGUUGAGGCAUGCCUCAGUCAAGGACUUCGUAGACGUGCACUUGGACUCUUCAAAACAUCAUCAACUACGGCUUUGUUGCACAAGGUCGCAAAGCACUGCAACGAGGCAGCUUACAUCAGCAAGAAAGUCCUGGAGAUUGAACAUGCUGAUCCCAACAAGAGAUCCUCCUCCAGUGGCGAUAGCACUAGCAAACCGCCAAUCCUGAAAAAGAACAGUAGCAAUUCUGUGUCCACGACAACCCCUCCGGCCACGGUUCAGCCUACAGUGAAGUAUCUGUGGAUUCGUUUGGCGCUGUAUGAGAAGAAACUCUCCAGGAUCAUUGAUCACCUCGUGACAAAUGCUCCACGCUACUAUGAGCGCGAUUCUCUAGUCGCUGAUCCGGAUUAUGGGUCAAUUCUGAGUUCACUUCUUGUGGGUCCAUGUGCUCUGGAGUAUUCCCGCACAAAGACUGCUGAUCACUUCUGGACAGAUCCACCAGCAGAUGAACUAGUUCAACGUCACCGAAUCAGUUCCAGUCAUCCAACUCCACCAUCCUGUCGACGACCAAUCCUCAAUUUCAAACGAAGUCUCCAUACAAGCUCCGAGGAUGGAAGCAGUAGCUCAUUCAAGUCCACAGCAUCAGCAACUGUGGCUAAGGAUUACGUGGAAUCACUUCACCAGAAUUCUCGAGCUACUCUUCUGUAUGGCAAGAACAACGUCUUGGUCCUUCCUUAUCAAUUUGAAUCUCUCCAGAAGGACGUUAAAGAUGAACCGAUGCCAGGGUACUUGAGUCUCCAUCAAACUGCAUACUCCCUCACAAUUAAAUGGACACCAAAUCAAUUGAUGAAUGGAUAUACCGAGUCAGAAGCAGUGGACAAAAGCUCUUUCUGGGCCUACGCCCUCAAUAUCAACGUGGAUGACAUUGUUUACGUGCAUUGCCAUCAAGCACGUGGAACUGACACAGGUGGCACAAUAAUCCUCGUUGGUCAGGAUGGAGUUCAGCGUCCACCGAUUCACUUUCCCGAAGGUGGACACAUGGCUUCAUUCCUGAGUUGCCUGGAGACUGGUCUCCUACCACAUGGUCAAUUGGAUCCACCACUGUGGUCACAGCGUGGCAUCGGGAAAGUCUUCCCACUCCUCAGUCGUGGUCGACGUCGUCCCCUUCCCUCACUCCUCGAAGCUGCAACUUCGGGCGAGGAAACUCCCAUUGACUACGUCUUUCGCGUGGUGAACAAAAGCAACCACGAAGAAUUCCAAUUGGUGCCUUCGCUGCUUUCAGUGGCCACUCAUUCUAUCCUGGACAUCGGACGUACCAGUCCACGUCGUCAUCAGCUCAGUAGCUGCAGCACCAAUGAGAGUAGUGACUGCUCUAGCAAGAGUAUGUCCAUUGACUCAACCAAUCCCGCUCCGGACACCAGUCCUCAGGGAAAGAGUCAGACAGCCAGCAUUGCCCUUGUAUGCUCAACAAUGAGACGCCAAAUCAUCUCACGCGCUUUCUACGGCUGGCUAGCUUACUGUCGUCAUCUCUCAACAGUUCGCACUCACCUUUCCGGUCUGGUCAACGGAAGGAUUACGCCAGACGUCGGAACUGAAGAGGGCCUGACCAAGAGCGUCUGGGAGGAGAUGAAUGCAGAUGGAGUUGUUUCCGAUGACACAGAAGUAUACCGAUUGGUAUAUUUCGGUGGAGUGGAACACAGUAUCCGGAAGGAAGUGUGGCCCUAUCUUCUGGGUCACUAUUCCUUCGGGUCAACCGUUGAGGAACGGGCUGAGCUGGAUCAGUCCACUCACAAUUACUACGAGACUACCAUGAGCGAAUGGUUGGCUGUGGAGGCAAUUGUGAGGCAGAGGGACAAGGAAAAGACUGCCCAUGCUGUGGCAAAGUUGAGUUCAGAAAGUGGAAGUGGGGACAAGACAAAGGGUGUCCAUCUCGAUGGUGAAAUGGAGAAUGAUGUCUUCGAGGAGAAUGUCUACUCAGACAUCUCCGAUGUUGAGGGUUUCGAUGACAAUGAUGCUAAUCACAUCAAAGAACUCCCCCUGGAUCCCAAGAAUCCCACAUCCCCCAGUGACACUGAACCCCAGCCGGAAGAUGAAGAGAAGAAGGUGAUGCAGCUGGAAGUGGGAGGUGAAAGUGCUGGAGGGAGCAACAAGAGUUCCCCAACAGCCUCAUCCUAUGAAACUGUUGGGGCGGAAUUUAUCGAAUUCAGCGAUCCCAAUUUGUCCAAAUUGCAAAGUCCCAGUACGGACAAAGAAGAAGAGGAAGAUACAGUUUGUGGUGAAACUUCGGCUCAUGUGAUAGUCACAAAUGCCUCCAUUGAUGUGGCCAAUUUGCCCGAAGGGCUGGCCGAAAAAGAGAAAACUUCUGAUCCCAUGUCUCCGCUCCCCGAAGAAACUGGUCAAAAUUCCCUAGAUGCUCUUCAAGAGCCAAAAUCCGCCUGUGUCUCUCCAGCCAGUUCCAAUGGAGGAAUCUACAGUAGUGAAUUGCUGGAGCUCUUUGGACUGAAUCUCCAUCGGAUUGAAAAGGAUGUCAAUAGAUGUGAUCGAAAUUACUAUUUCUUCGCCAAUGAGAAUAUUGGGAAUCUGGAUAAGCUGAGGAACGUCAUUUGCACGUAUGUUUGGGAGCAUCUAGAUGUAGGAUACAUGCAAGGAAUGUGUGAUCUAUUAGCCCCAAUCUUGGUCAUUUUGGACGACGAAUCCUUGAGCUAUGGAUGCUUCUGUCGUCUAAUGGAGCGAAUGAUUGAGAAUUUCCCCAAUGGAGAUGCUAUGGACAUGCAUUUUGCCAACAUGAGGUCACUUAUUCAGAUUCUUGAUUCUGAAAUGUACGAUUUAAUGCAUGCUCAUGGGGAUUACACUCACUUCUACUUCUGCUACCGCUGGUUCCUCCUGGAUUUCAAGCGAGAACUCGUUUAUGCCGAUGUUUUUGCCACUUGGGAGGCAAUUUGGGCAGCUAAGCAUGUCGCAUCGGGUCACUUUGUCCUUUUCCUGGCCCUUGCUCUCCUGGAAACCUACAGAGACAUCAUAAUCGUAAACAGUAUGGAUUUUACCGAUGUCAUUAAAUUCUUUAAUGAAAUGGCUGAGAGACACAAUGCCAGUGAGGUGCUAAAACUUGCGAGAAGUUUGGUACUUCAACUUCAGACCAUUAUUGAAAAUUGAAUUUUUCAUCCUUCUGUGAAAAUAUCCUGCCCAAUAUUGAGGGUGGAUGAUAAAACAAAUUCAGCCAGACAGCUGAGAAAGUCUUCUUUAGUGUGUUUUGUACAUAGUGGAGGAGGAAAAUAAUUGAUUAUAUCUCUAAAUGUCACUGUUACCUCUAUACCAAAAAACAAAAAAAAAGGAAAAACAAGAAACAUUUUACAAUGGAUCGCUUUUAUAAGUUUUCCACAGUGAAAAGAGGCAUUCCUCAGAGAUUUUUCCACGCUCCAUACAUUGAGAAUGCUUCUGUACCAUUUUAAAUUUUUGUGAAAUAGCAUAAGAAAAAAACAAAAAAAAGUAAUUGAAUAUUUAUGUUGCUGUUGGAAAAAAAAAUACAAUUAAAAAAAAAAGAAAAUCUAUAUAUAGUGAAUUGUUAAAGCACAGAAUUAUUUUUUUAUUCUUAGAACUUAUACAUCUGUUUAUUAAGUAAAUUUGUGCAUUAUAUACUGUGUUAAUUUUGCCAAUGAUCAUAGUGUUAGCCACUGAAUUGAAAUGCCAAUUUAAUUGAAACGUAAAAACGAAAGUUUAAAAAAUAUAUAUAUUUCUCAAUUUCCUGGAAAACCCAAAAAAAAAAAAAAUCAACCAAACAGGGCUAGAAAUCUAUUUUCAUAUCACAAAAUGUGAGAAAUGAAAUCAAUUUGGGAAGAAAUAAAUUAUAAUAGACGUUUAAAAAAGAAACUAUUUGAAGAAAUAAAAUUUACUAAUAUCCCACAAUAUUGAAUCUAUCUUUAAUAGGUGUUUAGUACAAAAAAAAAGACAUUGGAAUGAAAGUAUAUACAAAAAGGACAUAAUUUUUUAGUGCUGUAACUUUAAAAAAUUCCAUAUUUCUUCCAGGAUAAUAGUACUGCUUUUUCUAAGUCAGCUCUACCUAAAAAUAACUUUAGGCCACGCCCCUUUCAAAUGAAAAGGUCAUCAUUUUCUUCUCAACUCCAAGUGUAUCACUUUUAUUUCAUUUUUGGCAAAUAUUGUGAUAAUUAUCGGUAAAUACACAAAAAUCAUAAAGCAUAAAAAAUUACAAUCCCAGUGAGCACAGUCAGCUAGAAUAUGCAGCGUUUUUUAGCUGACUGUGCUCGCUGGGAUGUGAAAAAACUUUGCGGGAAAUUCGAAUUCGUGAUUUGAAUUCGAAAUUCGAAUUUGUGAUUCGAAUUUAUGUGAAUUCUAAAGGAGAAACUUCCUCCUGAAUAUUUUUUAGUAGGGGGAGGUGGGGCUACAUUGUUAUAGGAUUUUUUCGCUUAUUUCUAGAAACUGGGUUUUAACAUGACGUAAUUUGGACACACAAAAUUAUUGUGGAUCUAAAUAAAAUAAUUAAAAGGACCAACUUCAUUUAGAAAUAUGCGGAAAAGUCGUAUAACAAUCUAGCCCCACGGCUCAACGUAGCUCUAUCUCUAAUGGUUGUUGUAUAAGCAUUAGAUAUCUCAACAGCUUUCUUCAUCGAAUGAAUUUCGAAUGACUUAGGACGAAAGUGACAAGUUCGAACAUCUUGCAGACUUAGUACCCCGUGUCAUUUCUUUUUUACAAAUCUCAUAUCGUCGCAAAGGAGAAAUCUUUCUCCUGAUCGUUUUUUUUAGCAUAUUGGUGUUCUCAAGUGCUUCUGCAUAAUAGAUUUUUUUUUGUUUUGGUUCUUGUCUAGACUGUUUUUCCUAGUCCUCACUGUGUUCUGAAAACACGAAACAGUCAUGACAGGAACCAACACAAAGAACAGACGAUUGCGAAGAAGCAUUUCAGAAUAGUAAAGUACUAAACAAAACGUUCAGCAUAAAGAUUUCCCCUUUUCAUUUUUCAAUGGAUAUUUUCCCCAGUUCUAGUCGUGUUCCAAACCACCAAACAGUCGGGACAGGAACCAACACAAAGAAAAGCCGAUAAUGCAGAAGCAAUUGGGAACAAUCAUGUGCUAAAAAUAUAUUCAUGAGAAAGAUUUUCCCUUUUCAUUUUUAACUGGAAUAGAACUAUUACUUAUUUUGAGUAAUUUUUCAGGAGGCAACAUGAAAGAUUUCAUUAAUUUGCAAAUUAGGGGAAGUGAGAUUAUUUUAAACUGUGGAACUACAUUGAUAGAGGAAAGUACUCUCCCUUCAAACGUUCAUGCCUUUGAAUAAUGUGAAUUUCUUUUAUUUUCACUAAGAGAAUUACACAUAAUUAUUCCGCAAUUAUCAAUAAUUGGUGAUAAGCUAACUAAUAUUUAAUAAAAAUGUGCAAGUCUAUUAAGAAAAAUAAAAGAAAGUUCACAUUAUUUGAAGGCAUGAACGUUCGAAGGAAGUGUACUUACUCUAUACGAUUUUUUCGCAUAUUUUUAAAGAAAGCUGUGCUUUAAUGUAAUGCCAUUUGGUUCUACAAAACAAUCGUGGAACAAGCUGAGAAAUAGUUUUCCAUCGUUUUAUUCUCGAGAAUGGUUACCGAAACGCUAAGACAGCGGUGGCCGCUAUCACACAAACAUUGAAUUCCUUGAACACUUGUAUCUGUUAAAACUUUGCUUUUAAGAGCUCUAACUCAAAAGCAGUAUUCGAAAUAAAUUAAAUAAAUGGAAAGUCCAGCUUCCUUUACAAAAUUGCAUAGGUAUGAAUGUGACCCCACAGCUCAAAAUAGCCCCAGCUCCCCCUAUUUAAAAAUAUAUUUUGAAUUAUUUUUAAAUACAUGACAAUCUCAAAAUAAAUAAGAAAAAUAACUAUUUGUGCCCCUGUAAAAUCGAAUAAAUAAUGCGUGACCCCUUUGAACCAGCCUAACGUUAAAUUUGUAGAUAUAACCUAACCUUGAAGUGCCAUGAUAUACUUUUAUUACACAUAAAAUAUGUUUUGCAAAAUAGUUUGUAAAUGUUUGUGGAUAUCUACUGAAGACUUAACGAACAACUUAAGGAUUUGUCCAUUUUCACAAACAUUUCUCGUAACAUGAUUACUUGACGAGCAAUGUUUGGUUAUUUUCAAAGAAUUUGUGCAUAAGUAAAUGUUUAUAAACACCCAGAAAAAAUGUUCGUAAAAUUUUGUCAUUUGUUCGUAAAGAUUUGUCAGACAAACAAUAAAGUACGAACGAAUGUUUGAAAAGGAAUAAAAAAUACUCGUGAAGUGAUCAUGUUCCGAACAAUGUUUGUGCAAUAAGUACAAACUUUGACAAACCUUUUAGUGAAUUUUGAGAUUCACAUUCCGUAAGUCCCCUACAAAGAUAAAAAUAUUUCGUUAAAUUGUUCGUAAAUGUUUGUGAAUUCCCACUGGGGACUUAUGAACUGCUCGUAAAUCGUAUAAGGCACUAAAAAGUUCGUAAAAGUUUGUAAUUUUUCAUAAACAUUGUUUGUAAUUAUAAUCACUUGACGAGCAUUUUUUGUUUUUUGCAAACAUUUAUUUGUAUGCACAAUUUUGUUUGUCUGAUAAAACUUUACGAAUAAAUGAUAACAUUUUACGUACGUUUUUUUUGUGUUUUUGUGUUUAGUAUGACUCCGUUAGAGUUAACCUCAAAACUUUUAAGUACCUUUAAAGUACAAAUCUGAGACAUUAUUUCAGCGAGUGAAAUAGUAAUAACAAUAAAUAAUAACUUAGAAUAUUGCAGAAAUACAAAAAUCAAUGUGUUGACUCUAUUGGAGUCGCACUGUAUUUAGAAACAAAAGCUCGUGGAAAAGUACAAACUUUUACAAACUUUUUAGUGGAUUUAUGCAAUUUAAAAACAUUUCGUAAGUCCUGCGUGGAAAUUGAUAAACAUUUACGAACAAUUUAACAAAAUAGUUUGUUUCUGUGCACCGUUUUAAGGGUUUUAAGCAAUCAGUAAUAAUUCCUCAAAAGAGGGCGUGGCCUAAAGUUGUUUCCGAGAACUUUGUACUCAAAAAGACCUUUUUUAACUUUUUUUUUUCUUCCAAAAUAUGGAAUUUGAAAAAAUGCAGCAUUGUAAAGAUAAAAUGAUUUAUGUAAGAUUGAAUGGAAAAUGGAUAAUUAUUAAAAAAAAAAAACAAGAAAUACCCUAUUUUAAAAAUACAUCUAUCGAGAGAAGAACUGUGAAAAAAAAUGUUAAGAGACUUCUGUGCGACGAAAAUCAAUUUGAAUAGAAAAAAAAGAUGAUAUAUUUGGGAAUAAAUAUCUUGGAGAAAAUAUUGUAAA